AGGCUGAUUUGUGGGGCGAGUACGCUCGUGCAGCUAGUCCUUUAGAAGACCCAGAUGAGUGCAUUGAUGGAGAUGAUGCUGUGAUGCGUAAUAAUAAUGAUGGCAGACUGAUAAUAGACCAUUCACUGGGAAAGUUCCCAGUUAUUGUGAAUGAAGUCUACACAGUUCUAAAACGAGAAAAUAUCCCAAACUUUAAAAUUGUAACGCGACCGUGGAAAAGUUACGACACUUAUAUACGAGUUGAUCAUGCAAAACAAGAUGGUGAUUAG